AAUCCCAUUUGGAGUCGCCAAACCUAUGUAAAGCGUACGUAUAUCCUUCCUACCCUAUAAAACCCCCUUCACUUGUAGUUCAGUUGGCCUCAUCAAAUUAAACAGCCAAAAACAUACUAAAACAUAAUGGAUACCUGUUUGUAUCGCUUCAUGUUCAUGCGCUUUCUUUUUCUUCUCUCUAUAUUGUUCCUUGUUUUGCUCACUGCCUCUUUGUCUUCUCUGCAGCCACUUUGUCAUGAUGAUGAGAGAUCUGCUUUGUUGCAAUUCAAGGAUAGUUUUAUCCUAAACAAGUCUGCUUCUCAUCAUCCUUUUGGGUAUCCUAAGGAUGUUGCAUCAUGGAGUCUAGAAGGAGGGAAUAGUGAUUGCUGCUCAUGGGACGGGGUUGAGUGCAAUGAGGAGACAGGUCAUGUCAUUGGCCUUGACCUCACAAGCAGCUUUCUCUAUGGUUCUAUUAAUUCCAGCAAUAGCCUCUUCCGCCUUCGUCAGCUAGAAAGGCUUAAUCUUGCAUAUAACAACUUCAAUGGCUCUCAAAUCCCAUUCGGAGUUGGCGAUCUUUUGAGGCUAACCUAUCUUAACCUCUCCUACUCUGUGUUUUCAGGACAAAUCCCCUCAGAGCUUUCACAUCUCUCCAAGUUGUCUUCCAUCGAUCUGUCUGGUAAUUAUGGUUUAUAUACUCUAAGUGACUUGAGCAAUCUAGUUCAAAACUUCACUACCCUGGAAGACCUUUUGCUCCCUGACAUCAAUUUUUCGUCCCCUGUUUCUAAAAGUUUGGCGAAUUUGUCUUCUUUGACAACCCUAAAUCUAGAAUAUUGUGAAUUGCAUGGGGAAUUCCCAACAAGUAUUUUUCAGCUACCAAACUUGCGGGUUCUUAGGUUAGGAGGGAAUUUCAAUCUCACUGGUUAUUUGCCCGAAUUUCACUCUAAUAGUUCUCUUGAGGUUUUGGAACUCAACUACGCAAGUUUUUAUGGUAAACUACCAACUUCAAUUGGAAACCUAAGCUCUUUACAUGUUCUAAAUUUUAAAGGUAACCAUUUCUCUGGAUCUAUCCCACCUUCACUGAGUAAUCUCACCCAACUCACUGUUCUAGAUAUGUCAGGGAACACUCUUACAAGCCACAUCCCUUCUUCCUUGUUAGCUAACUUGACUCACCUAACUUUGUUAGACCUUUCAUACAAUAAAUUGAGUGGCCACAUCCCUUCUUCCUUGUUAGCUAACUUGACUCACCUAACUUUGUUAGACCUUUCAUACAAUAAAUUGAGUGGCCACAUCCCUUCUUCCUUGUUUGCUAACUUGACUCAACUAACUUCGUUAGACCUUUCAUACAAUAACUUGAGUGGAACGCUGGAGUUUGACAUGUUUCCUAAGAUCAAAAGUUUAAGUGUGCUUCUGCUAUCAUCCAACAAUUUUACAUGGCAAACCAAGGCCAAUUCAAAUGACACUCUUCCACAGUUGGAUACUCUAAGAUUGGAUUUUUGCAACUUACAUAAGUUCCCUGAUUUUCUACGCAACCAAAACAAAUUGCGUAUUCUUGAUCUAAGUAGCAACAAUCUCCAAGGCCCAAUACCCAAAUGGUUUUAUAAUACUAGUAUAGAAGCUCUUCAGUUUCUAAUCCUUUCUGACAAUCUUCUAAUAGGCUUUGAACAAUAUCAAGUUGUUCUCCCAUGGCCUAAUUUAAAAAGCUUAUUGCUUGAAAGGAACAUGCUGCAAGGAUCACUCCCCAUUCCACAGCCAUCUAUCAAGUUUUAUAUAGUCCAAAGGAACUUGAUAAGAGAAAUGUCACCGUUGAUUUGCAAUUUGAGUUCACUUUAUAAGCUUGAUUUGUCCUAUAACAACUUGAGUGGCAAGCUUCAUCCAUGUUUAGGAAACUUCAGCUCUUUGUUUACACUUCAACUACGAAGAAACAACUUUCAUGGCACCAUCCCAAAAACAUGGGCAAUGGGGAGUAGCUUAAAGAUGAUUGACUUGAGUGAAAACCAAUUCCAAGGUCAACUACCAAGAUCAUUAGCUAAUUGCAUGAUGCUAGAGUACCUUCAUGUUGGUAAUAAUCAAAUCAAUGAUACAUUUCCCUUUUGGUUGGGAACUCUUUCUCAGUUGAAGGUCCUCAUCAUCCGUUCUAAUGCAUUCCAUGGUGCAAUAAAGAUUCCUGAAAUCAAUUAUACAUUCCCUGAGUUGCAUAUCAUUGAUCUGUCUCAUAAUAGUAUCUCUGGAAAUUUACCCGCCGAGUAUUUCCUGCAUUGGAUUGCCAUGAAAGUUGUUGGUCCACAUAGCUUAUCAUACAUGGUGGGAGAGUUUCACAUAGACGGAUGGGUUGAUACUUUUGAUUACACAGUGACAUUGGCAAACAAAGGCAUAAAGUUAGAUUAUGAAAAAAUACAAGAUGAGUUAAGGGUCAUUGAUUUCUCAUGCAAUCAAUUUGAAGGAGAAAUUCCAGAACUUGUGGGGAGUCUUAAAGGACUUCAUGUGCUAAAUCUUUCCAAUAAUGCUCUCAAUGGUCAUAUUCCAUCAUCCUUGGGGAACUUGGCACAUAUUGAAUCAAUGGACCUUUCCCAAAACAAGUUGCUUGGAGAGAUACCUCCACAACUUACACAACUAUUUUUCCUUGCGUCUUUUAAUGUCUCCAACAACUGUCUCACGGGACCUAUACCACAUGGAAGUCAAUUUGACACAUUUCAGAAUAAUUCAUUUGGAGGUAAUCCAGGAUUGUGUGGAAACCCAUUAUCAAAAAAAUGUGGAGAUUUCAACUACACUCAAAAUCCACCUUCUCCCUUUGAAAACAAUCGGAGCUCAGAGUCUCCAUUUGACUUUGGCUGGAAAGUAGUUGUUAUUGGGUAUGGAUGUGGAUUUGUAAUAGGAGUUAUUAUCGGGCAAACUGUGAUAGCAAGGAAAUAUGAUUGGUUUGUGAGGACUUUUGGAAAGAUGUAG